AGGCUAUUUAUAAUGUGGCUCGCCGAGGUGCAGAAAAUAGGCUACAACGUGACUUUUGAGCGUCACUUUUAGUGAUGUAAAGUUUAAUCGUACAUGAAGGGGCAACAAGCUUUGAUUCUUAGCAUGUAACAGUGUCUGGAGCUACAAUUGCAGUAGUGCAGGCCAUUUUGCAGUUAAGUUCGUGUGGUUUUAGCCUAUACCUAGCCUACAAUAAAGGCAGGAUCCUUCAGAAGCAUCUCCGACAAACAAUCUUUGUAGACAACAAUAUACAAUACAACCGGGUAACAUAUUUAUAUGGGCCUCGUGAAAUGUUCAUUUUUAUCCCUAUCUUUAUCCCCCAUUUUGUCCAGACAGCUUGAUUCAACAGCUGAGAAUGAGCACAUUGACCCUCUAAACAUGGCUGAAACGACUAACCACUAAGGGAAGUUCAACUUCCGGAUUUUUGCCGGGAAAACGGAAAUCAUUCGCAGUUCUGUAGUUGAAUCUAGAGAAGUGGCGGGAGUUUCUGUCAGACAAGUGAACUUGUGGGGGAACGAGACCUCUUUGGACGAAGGUCUCUAGUAGAAUGGAGGUGAAAAAGAGGCAGAAUGGAGGCUCCUUCAAUGGCGGAGCCUCACAGGCCAAACGUGGGAAGCCGGGGAAGCCGGGGAAGCCGGGGGGAGACUGGGAAGACAGCCCGUCUCUGUUUGAGGAAGAGCUGGCCAACUUUGACGACCCUGACAUGGAGGCUGAGUCAGGUGAAGGGCAGGCAGGCCAUGAUGUCAUCCCAGUGGCUGACCUGUUCUCAGCUGAAACGAAUGUGAGAUGGCCCCGACCAACCGCUCCACCCCUAAACCAGUACACCCAGAGCCUCGUUUUCCAGCAGAUUGACCUGGAUUAUUAUCUAGGCUCACCAGUUGCAGGUAUGCCUGGUCAGUCUCAAGGGAAGGUUCCGAUUAUCCGUAUGUUUGGCGUUACGGAUGCCGGGCACAGCGUAUGCUGCCACGUGCACGGAUUCGCCCCUUACUUCUACGUCCCUGCCCCUAGCGGUUUCAGUCGUGCUCACCUGGCGGACUUCCAGAGGGAGUUGAACUCUGUUGUCCUGAAGGACAUGCGCUCUAACAAAGACAACAUCUCAACCACUGUGCUGGCCGUAGACAUCACCCGCAAAGAGAGUAUGUAUGGAUACCACGGGAACCGGGCUCUGGACUUCCUGCGGAUCACCAUGGCAAUGCCACGCCUUGUGGCCCCGGCAAAGCGUUUGUUGGAGCUGGGCUUGAAGUUUGGCAGCUUCCCUAUGCAGAGCUACUCCCCCUAUGAGGCCAACAUCGAUUUUGAGAUCAGGUUCAUGGUGGACUGUGAUGUGGUGGGCUGCUGCUGGAUUGAACUGCCCAAGGGGAAGUACCGAGUCAGAGAGGAGAAAGACCCUGGGGACACGACGUCCAGGCAUCCAGGCAGGGUGUCUCUGUCUCAGUAUGAGGUGGACGUUGGCUGGACAGAUCUGGUCAGUCACCCAGCAGAGGGAGACUGGCAGAGGAUCGCUCCCCUCCGAAUCCUCAGCUUUGAUAUCGAGUGUGCCGGGAGGAAAGGGAUCUUCCCGGAGGCGGAGGUGGACCCGGUCAUCCAGAUCGCCUCCAUGGUGCAGCGCCAGGGGGAGAAGGAGCCGUUCGUCCGCACCGUCUUCACCCUGCAGAGCUGCGCCAGCAUCGUGGGCUCCCAGAUCCUCUGUUUUAAUGAGGAGAAGAACAUGCUGCAGAAAUGGGCUGAGUUUGUGAGAACCGUGGACCCAGACAUCAUCACGGGCUACAACAUUCAGAACUUUGACUUCCCUUACCUCCUCAACAGAGCUGCUGCCCUCAAGGUGAACCUGUUCCCCUACCUGGGCCGGGUGCGGGGCAUUAAGUCCAUGCUGAAGGACUCCAGCUUCCAGAGCAAGCAGAUGGGCCGCAGGGAAAACAAGACUGUCAACAUAGAGGGCAGGGUCCAGUUUGACCUACUCCAGGUUCUGCUGCGGGACUAUAAGCUCCGGUCAUACACACUCAACGCCGUCAGCUUUCACUUCCUGCAAGAGCAGAAGGAAGAUGUGCAACAUUCCAUCAUUACGGACCUACAGAAUGGGAAUGAGCAGACGCGGCGCAGGCUGGCCGUGUACUGUCUGAAGGACGCCUACCUGCCGCUGCGCCUGCUGCAGAAGCUCAUGUGCGUCAUCAACUACAUGGAGAUGGCCAGAGUCACGGGGGUCCCCCUCACCUACCUGCUCUCCCGCGGACAGCAGAUCAAAGUGGUGUCUCAGCUCCUCAGACAGGCCAUGAAGCAGGACCUGGUGAUGCCUGUGCUGAAGAGUGAGGGAGGAGAGGACUACACGGGGGCCACAGUCAUAGAACCUGAAAAAGGGUACUACAGCAUUCCUAUAGCUACGCUGGAUUUCUCCUCUCUGUACCCAUCCAUCAUGAUGGCCCACAACCUUUGUUACACUACACUGCUUCCCAAGGGACAGGGGCUUGCGGAGAAACUCGGUCUCUCUCCUGAGGAGUUCAUCAAGACUCCCACAGGUGACAUGUUUGUGAAGCAUGCGGUGAGGAAGGGCCUGCUGCCAGAAAUCCUGGAGAACCUGCUCAGUGCCAGGAAGAGGGCCAAGACUGAGCUGAAGAAGGAGACUGACCCAUUCAAGAAGCAGGUUUUGGAUGGCAGGCAGUUGGCAUUGAAGAUCAGUGCCAACUCCGUGUACGGCUUCACUGGUGCCCAGGUGGGCAAACUGCCGUGCCUGGAGAUCUCACAGAGUGUGACUGGCUUCGGCAGGCAGAUGAUUGAACAGACCAAGCAGCUGGUUGAGUCCAAGUAUACCAUAUCCAAUGGUUACCAAGCUGAUGCUAAGGUAAUUUAUGGAGACACAGACUCUGUGAUGGUGAAGUUGGGCGUGGCUACGGUGAAGGAGGCGAUGGAGGUGGGCAGGGAGGCUGCCGAGUGGGUGUCGUCACACUUUGUCCAACCAAUCAAACUAGAGUUUGAGAAGGUGUACUACCCGUACCUGUUGAUCAACAAGAAGCGAUACGCAGGUCUGUACUUCUCCACCAGUGCCGAGCAGCACGACAAGAUGGACUGUAAGGGGAUAGAGACUGUCCGCAGAGACAACUGCCCCCUGGUGGCCAACCUCAUCAACACAUGCCUUCAGAAAAUCCUCAUUGACAGGGACCCUAAUGGAGCUGUCGAUCACGCUAAAGAGGUGAUCUCGGACCUGCUGUGCAACAGGAUCGACAUCAGCCAGCUGGUCAUCACCAAGGAGCUCACGCGCACAGCACAGGAGUACGCCGCCAAACAGGCUCACGUCGAGCUUGCAGAGAGGAUGCGCAAACGUGACGCUGGCAGUGCUCCUAACCUGGGAGACCGAGUUCCAUACGUCAUCAUUCAAGCUGCCAAGGGAGUUGCAGCCUAUAUGAAGUCUGAGGACCCCAUCUAUGUGCUGGAGAAUAACAUCCCCAUAGAUACCCAGUACUACCUGGACCAGCAGCUGUCCAAGCCUCUGCUCAGGAUCUUUGAGCCCAUCCUGGGGGAGAGCAAGGCUGAGAGCGUCCUCCUGAAGGGAGAACACACACGCUGUAAGACGGUGUUGACGUCCAAGGUGGGGGGGCUCAUGGCAUUCGCCCAGAAGAGGAGCACCUGCAUAGGUUGCCGAGCGGUGCUCAAAACUGACGCGGCAGUGUGUGAUUUCUGCAAGAAGAGGGAGUCUGAACUGUACCAAAAAGAGAUCUCGCACAUGUCGUUGCUGGAGGAGCGCUUCGCUCGUCUGUGGACGCAGUGCCAACGUUGCCAGGGCUCGCUGCACGAGGAUGUGCUCUGCACCAGUCGAGACUGCCCCAUUUUCUACAUGAGAAAGAAGGUGCAGAAGGACUUGGAUGAUCAACAGAAGCUUGUCUCUCGUUUCGGCUGGUGAAAGGGCAAGGUGGUUCUUGAAGCUCUCUUCUCGAGCUGUCUAUUCUCUCCCUCUCUACUGUGAAGAAUGUGGGACUGUCUUUUUAUGUAAAAAGAUUCAAUAUAAUGAUGACUAUAUUUACACAUGGCUCUUUUCUAUGAUGAGAAUACACUGCGUUUCCUUUUGUAAAA